AAACGCGCGCCGACUCGCGGCCGCCCGCAUCUAAUGUUGCACAUUGCAACGAAUAAUAUUAAAUCGAAGUGAAGACCAGACACGAUAAGUGAAGCCUAGACUAUUUUAAACUCUAGUGUAUUCAGUAUCGUGCGAAAAUGCCAGCCGACUCAACCCUUAUAGUAGCUGGAGAGGAGAGAUUGGAAAAAAAUCAGUUUCAAAGUCUCGCUGAGAGAUCGAAACACGAGGAUUUUUUGCGGCGUGCCGUGGAUUUGUUGGUCGAACGAGUGGUGUUUGGGAGAUCUUCGAGAACUUCGAAGGUGGUAGAAUGGGCGGUCCCGGAGGAGAUUAAGAGUGCGAUUGAUUUGACACCAAGGGACAGUCCGUUGUCCCAUGAUGAGCUGUUGAAGGUUAUUGCUGAUGUUGCUCGCUAUUCAGUCAACACUGGACAUCCAUACUUCGUCAAUCAGCUCUUUUCUUCAGUUGAUCCCUACGGUCUGAUUGGGCAAUGGUUGACAGACGCUUUGAAUCCUAGCGUCUACACUUAUGAGGUGGCUCCCGUCUUCACACUUAUGGAAGAGGAGGUGUUAAGAGAGAUGAGAAGCAUUGUCGGAUGGCCUGAAGGCGCAGGCGAUGGAAUCUUCUGUCCUGGAGGUUCUAUUGCUAAUGGCUAUGCUAUAAGUUGUGCUCGGCAUUACUUCUAUCCUGACACUAAGAGCAAAGGAGUUUAUGCGGUACCCAAGCUUGUUCUUUUUACAUCAGAACUGGCUCAUUAUUCAACCAAAAAGUUAGCCACCUUUAUGGGUAUUGGCAGCGAUAACUGCGUAAUGGUGAAUUGUGACGAGCGAGGGAAAAUGGACAUUGAGGACUUGGAAUUAAAGAUCAAUGAGGCGAUAGAAAGUGGUGCGACACCAUUUUUGGUUACUGCCACAGCUGGUACGACCGUCUUUGGUGCAUUUGAUCCGUUAGUGGCGAUCUCUGGUCUGUGCAAGAAGUACAACCUGUGGUUCCAUGUGGAUGCUGCUUGGGGCGGCGGAGCAUUGAUGUCAAGAAAACACAGACAUCUUUUGGCCGGAAUCGAGUUGGCCGAUUCAGUGACGUGGAACCCUCACAAACUCUUGGCGGCUCCGCAACAAUGUUCCACGUUCCUAAUGAGACACAAGAACGUCCUCAAAGAUGGACAUUCCUGUGAAGCGAAGUAUCUAUUCCAGAAGGACAAAUUUUACGACACAUCUUACGACACCGGAGAUAAGCAUAUUCAAUGUGGACGACGAGCGGAUGUCCUUAAAUUCUGGUUUAUGUGGAAAGCAAAAGGCAGCGAGGGUUUCGAAAUGCACAUCGAUAAAUUAUUCGACAAUGCGAAGUAUUUCUUUGAUCACAUUCGACAAAGAGAAGGAUUCGAACUCGUGAUUGAUAAGCCAGAGUGUACGAAUGUAUUGUUCUGGUAUGUACCACCUUGCCUUCGAGGCCGCGAAAACGAGCCAGAUUACAAAGAAAGGCUACACAAGGUCGCCCCGAAAUUAAAAGAACGUAUGAUAAAGGAAGGAAGUAUGAUGGUCACCUACCAACCGCAAGGUAAUUUGGUAAAUUUCUUCCGCAUUGUUUUCCAAAGUUCAGCUUUAGACCAUAAAGAUAUGGUUUACUUUGCUAACGAGUUCGAAAGGCUCGGGAAAGAUAUUGUAGUUUAAAAUUAAGAAACUUGUAACCUUGUACAAAAUUCUGCGACUUUGUAGCCUGUGAUUUUAAUGUUGAAUCUAUUUAUUUAACGAUCGAAAAAUAUGUAGAGAAUAUUUACUAUGUUACUGCGUUUAUGCAGCAUUGUAGAAUUAGUAUUAUCUUAAUAAAUGUAGUU